UGAUAAUUAUGUCCACACAUUUAAUCCUCACAUGUGCAAAAAUAUUGAGUAAGCAGAGGCGCACUUAAGAGAGCGAUCGAGUGCUCUUUUAAGCCGUGCUCGGCUCUCUUUUCGCCACAGCGCGCUCUGCGGAGAGAAGCCGGCUGUUCUGCGUACUGAUAUGAUUCUGACGUCUUUCUAAUCUCUCUAAAGCACUCCUUGGAAUUGAAAUCCUAAGCCCAUUCAGCAAUCCCAUAUCCCUAUACUCGUCGUACAUACAUACGAGUUAUGUACAUAUGCAUGUAUGUUGUACAGCACAUAGCUGCGAGAGAACCGCUUUCAGCUUUCGGAGCGGUGUAUGUUCGCGAUCGCGAUCUCAGAUUGCUUGGCGGUACGGCGGAACGUCCGCUACCAACUGCUGUUCGGCGAGCAGUGUUCAGUCCGCAGCGGGAACUCAAGCGAGCCGAAACGAAACAUCGCCAGAUACAGAUACAAGUUCUCUGGUUCGCAGCAUUGGUCUGGUCCAUCGGCUCGUUCUCGUCCGUUUCGUUUAUUUGCGCGCGCGCGGUAGAAUCAGGCAAUUGCUUGAGUUCCAUUUGUAGUAUUAAUCCAGUUGCGAUUUCCAAUUCGAAUUCGAAGCCUAGUAUCCAUCGUAGUGCGCCAGUGUAUCCGUAUCCUGACCAGCCAUGUCGGCCAGAUGGUAGCGAUAGCGAUAGUAUGCCCACCGAUCGGCGUGUUCUUGUGAACUCUGACAUGGUGCUCAGUUGUGGGACAACCUUCGCCACCGAAAAGUUUGCAAAAAUAGCCGCUGGCCGAAAGCGAAAAGAAAGCCAGCAACUCAGAAUGCCAAAGGUGGCCAAGUUAAUGGUGCAGCUCGAAAGUGAUUGCAUUCGGCGCGAUGUGUGAAGUUCAAGCUUAACAUUGGCCAACCCCAACCAACCGCAGCCACGAAUAAAUUCUGUGAUUCGGCAAAAAGAUUCAUCAUGAGAUCGUACAAUGGCUCCAGUACUAAGUAGUUUAUCUAGCUAAUCGCAGCCAUAAGUGUGAGUCGUUUUAAUACCCACGAGCCGUAGUCUUUGCCUUUCUGUUCGUAUUUUCGCAUUUUUUGGCGGGUGCGGUGCCCACGGCAACGGAACGAGACUGUCGCAUUUCAAUUAACAAAAUAAGCAAAAAGCCAAAGAGCCAAAGAGCCAUAGAGCCAACAUAAGUGUAAAGAUAUAUCUACAAGAUAUACGUAUACGUAUAGCGGCACAUACGCACUGUGGAUUUUGUUGCUCUUUCGCGCGCAUUUUUGCACGUGCCAUUUGGGAUUUCGGAUUUCGGAGAUUGCAGAUCGCUAUCUUAUCUGGUCAUCGCCAUGUCCACGCCGGAUGCCGGUUCACUUAAAUCGCCCGCCGGUGGCCAGGAGGUCGAGUGCCAUCGCCUGCUGUCGGACCUGCCCGCCUUCGCGUAUCCCAGCACCACACUGCGCUCCACCACUUCUGGUCACAGCACGGGCACGAAUAGUACCACUGUCUGUGAAUCGCCCGGUGCUCGGGAUCGUACCUCCUUCGCCUGCUCCUCCUCUUGCGUAUCAUCCGCCUGCUCGGCCACCGCCUCCGACGACGACGAGGAUGAGCGCGCCCUUGAGCGCUGUCUGCGUGGGACGACGGACGACCUUGGGGAGGCCGGCCUGCGGUAUUCGCUGAAAGGACCACCGCCGGAGCUCUACUCGGCGAAGAAGGACUUCAUCAGCAAGGGACCGCUGCUGGGCAGACAGCUCGAGGUGAAGAAGAGGUGUGAAUGGUGGUGCCACAAGUACCUUCAAAAGAUGUCCACCCACUGGCGGCAGAACGCCUGCCUGUAUGCCUGCUGCAUCGCCUUUCUGCUGGGCAUGCUUAUCAUGUUCCAUCUCGGUGUGCGAAGUGCACAUAAGGGCCAGGAGGAGGUGCCUCAGAGCACGCACCCACUAUCCAACAGCCCACCUGCACCACCAGCCACGUUCCACCCCAGAAGGCAUGAUAACGACACCUCGACGGACCACGAACCACCCGAUGGCUUGGAGGAUCUGGAAGAGGAGGAGCACAGCGCCCUCGUGAUGCCCACCAAGGUCUACAACUACAGUCUCAGCGAAGCUGAUCUGAUCUACGAGUCGAAGAGAAACAGCGACAUCAACAGUUUCCUAAAAGAGUCCGCAUCGGCCUUUACCAUGACGGGAACGUAUCGCAACAUGUCCAAUGAGAUCUGGGACCCGCAUCCGCAGUACAACCUCAAUGUGUUCGGUCGCCAGUUGCAUUUGGUGCUGCGACAGGACGCCUCGUUCGUCCACAACCACUCGAUGACCCAAAUUCGGAUACUGAAGGAGGGGGAGGAGCAUCCGGGACCGGAGACGGAGGCGGAGGCGGAGCAGCGCCACCUGGGCUGCUUCUACUCCGGCUACGUCGAGGACGAUCCGCACUCGAUGGUCUCCGUCUCACUGUGCGGUGGCAUGACUGGUUAUAUCAAAACGAGUUUCGGCGCGCUGCUCAUUGAGCCGGUGAACCGAACCAGCAGCGAUGAGGUUCUCCACCGGGUCUUUCGCAAAUCGCAGCGCAACGCCAGACACGCUGUCUCCAAGUUCGAGCUGGGCCUGGACGCUUUCAUGAGCAAGCUGGAGCAGGCGCAGGAGGAGGAGCAGAAGUCCAAGUCCCGCAAAUUGAAUCGAAAGAAGCGACACUAUGCGGAUGUGGACAACCAGGUGUACACCUUGGAGGUGCUCAUUGCCGUGGACAACAGCAUGAAGCAGUUCCAUGGCGAGGACCUGCAACCCUACAUCCUCAUCCUCAUGUCGAUCGUGUCCAGCAUUUUUGCGGACGCCAGCAUUGGUAACUCCAUUCGCAUUUUGCUGGUGCGACUGAUCAGCCUGCCGAAUAUCAACGACCAAACGCAUUCCAGCAACGAAAUGCUGAAGCACUUCUGCCAGUUCAUCAACCAAUCUGGAUACGAAAGAGAUACAGCCAUGUUGAUCACACGCGAACCCAUCUGUGGCAGCGUGCCGGGCAAGAUUUGCCACAUGCUGGGCUUGGCCGAACUGGGCACCGUUUGCAGUUCCAGUUCCUGCUCCAUUGUCCAGGACACCGGACUGCCCACCGCCUUCACCAUGGCCCACGAGCUGGGACACAUCUUGAACAUGAACCACGACGACGACGACAAGUGCAUGCCCUAUGUCACCAGGCAGAACAACAACAAGGUGCUCCACAUCAUGUCCAGCGUGAUGGGCAUCCACAUGCAUCCGUGGUCGUGGUCCAAGUGCUCCCGCCACUUUGUCUCCGAGUUUCUCGAGAAAACCGACAAGUCCUGCCUGGAGACCUCCGUGGGUGCCCACAUUCCCUACGGCACGGAGCGUCUGCCUGGAGAGAUUUACUCCCUGGACGCCCAGUGCCAGCUGAGUUUCGGCAAUGACUUUGGCUACUGUCCCACGGACGAGGAGUGCAAGCGGUUGUGGUGCAACCGAACCUCCGGUAACUCCAACGAGCAGUGCGCCUCCAGCAAUCUGCCAUGGGCCGAUGGAACGCCUUGCGGCUCCAGUGGCCACUGGUGUCAGAGGGGCAGGUGUGUGUCCAACAAGCAUGGAUACGGACGCCAGGUGAACGGUGGAUGGGGACCCUGGACGCCAUUCACGCCCUGCAGCCUUACCUGCGGUGGGGGAGUGCAGGAGUCGCGGCGGGAGUGCAACCAACCUGUGCCGGAGAAUGGUGGCAAGUACUGCACGGGAAGUCGGAAGAAGUACCGGUCGUGCAACACCCAUCAGUGUCCACCAGGCAGCAUGGAUCCGCGCGAGCAGCAGUGCUAUGCGAUGAACGGACGGAACAUGAACAUUCCGGGCGUGAACCCAGACACCAAGUGGGUGCCCAAAUACGAAAAGGAUGCGUGCAAGCUCUUCUGCCGCAUGGACAUGAAGGUCACCUACUUCAUGCUCAAGAGCAUGGUCACCGACGGCACCUCCUGUGCGGUGGACAGCUUCGACAAGUGCGUCAACGGCAUCUGCCGGCCGGCGGGAUGCGACAACGAGCUCAACUCGAUUGCCAAGCUGGACAAGUGCGGCGUGUGCGAGGGUCGCAAUGACACAUGCCACGAGGUAAACGGAAACCUGCUCGUCUCCAAUCUCCUGGGGCUAAAUGAUGGGAAUGAGCCGAACAAGACACUCUACUAUGUGACGCGAAUACCAAAAGGUGCCUCCAACAUUAUAAUCACUCAGCGUGGCUAUCCCGACCAGAACUUCAUAGUACUCACCGAUGACCGGGACAACGAACUGCUUAAUGGAAAAUUCCUCAAGACCUAUCCAUUGAAGUUCGUUUAUGCCGGGGUCACGAUGCAGUACACCGGUUCUAGUAGUGUGGUGGAGCAGGUGAACACGACCUACUCAUGGAAACUAUCCCGUGAUCUUAUAGUACAGAUCAUUUCAUUGGACGUGAGUCCGUCCAAGCGGCAGGACACCGUCCUGAUGUCCUACUCCUACACCAUCGACAAGCCACCGGAUUACGAGGCGGAGGUGGAGAUUUAUCGCUGGGAGAUGCAGGCCCCAAGCAACUGCGAUUCCCUAUGCGAGGGCAGGAGCCAUCGCCUGCCGGCCUGCAUCAGCACCACCCAGGGUGUCAAGGUUGCCCCACAGUUUUGUGACAAGUCCGCCAUGCCCAAAAUCGAUGAUCGGGCUUGCAACACUGACUGCCGCCUCAAUCUCACUGUGACGAGCAUCUCGGAGUGCUCGGCCGCGUGUGGAGAAUUGGGUACCCGGGAGAAGACCUACGCCUGCGUCCAGACAUUCACGAAUAUGCAGCGUUCCAAUAUUGUGGAUAUGUCCUAUUGCAAGCUGAAGUUCGAUGUGGCUUACCACGAGGAGUGUCGCGAAGGAUGCUGGCAUUUGUCGGAGUGGUCAUCUUGCUCCAAGUCGUGUGGCACUGGUUCCCAGCAGCGUGAGGCUCACUGCUACCUUCACAAUUCCCGUGUCAGCGAUGAUCUGUGCAAUCCACGGACAAAGCCCCAUUUGAACACCCUAAUCGGGAUCUGCAACACUGAGUCGUGCCCCACGUACACUAAGUCAUCUAAUGCUCUGGCAGUUAGUAACUGGGUGAUUGGAGAAUGGGGCGAAUGCAAUGAGUGGUGUGAGAAGACUCGUUCUGUGAGUUGUUCACAUCCCUACGGAAUUGGCUGCGGCAGCAGAAAGCCCAAAGACGUCCGCAAAUGCUGCCACAUCAAGUACACCAGCGAUUGGACAGACUGUUCGGUGCAAUGUGGCGAGGGCGUCAAGAGGAAGAAGCAAAGCUGCACGCGGGUCUACAAGCCGGAUGUUCCGGGUACCCGAAAGCGCCGGGUGUACGUGGAUGAAUCGUACUGCAUUAGCCGAAAGGUGCAUCGUCCCAAGCUGCGCACCACCACCAAAUCCUGCCGGAUCAACUGCAAGUGGAAUGCCUCGGACUGGAGGCGCUGUCCAGCUGACUGCUCGGAGGAGUACCAAACGCGCGAUGUGCGUUGCGAGACCUUCCAGGGUGACGGAGUGGAGGACAAGCACUGCGAUGCCAAGAAGCGUCCAUCCAAGCGACGCAUCUGCAACAACUGCGUGCGCCGGCAGUCGAGAGUCAUCUCGCAGUGCAACUGCGAGGGUGUGGAGAAGAGGCGGGACUUCUGCUAUAACUCGCACAAGGGUCGCAUCGCCUGUCCCACGCGAGCCAGGGUGGAGCGUCACAGCUGCACUCCGCCGCCGCAUUGCCGGAGGAGAAGUGCCAUCGGGAGCAGCAUUAGCAGCAGACCGAGGGGCACUGGAGUGAGUAGCAGCAGGAGCUUGAAUUCAAUUGGAGGCUCACGGAAUCGCGGAAGACCGAGGAGCUGUGCGGACUUGAAGGAGAUGCACGGCUACAACAAGGAUGGCAACUAUCAGGUGGAGGUGAGAUCGCGGAUGGUGCACAUCUACUGCCACGCGAUGAACAGCAGGACGCCACAGGAGUACGUAAACGUGGAUCCGCAGGAGAACUACUCCAUAUACUACGAGUACAGGACGAAGCAGACCAACAGCUGUCCGCCGGAGUCGCGAGGCCACGAGUACUACAACGAUCAGAACUCCGGCCGGACGCACUUCAGAAAGCUGCGGCUGAAUAUCACCGAUCUGCGCAUCCUGGACAACGACUUCAAGUUCGCCGAUUCGCGGGGCUUGGCCCAGAAGCUAGGAUCAGCGGGCGAUUGCUACAAUCGCAUUGGCCAGUGUCCGCAGGGCGACUUCUCCAUCAACAUGAAGGACACGGACUUCUCCAUACGGCCGGGAACCGUGUGGCGGAUGCAUGGCCAGUACUCGGUCAUGAAGCGUAUCAGUGAGUUUGAUACGACCACGCAGAUGCGAAGGGGAUUCUGCGGAGGAUACUGCGGCGGUUGCUAUAUAGCGCCCGAUUCUGGCCUUUACCUGGACGUGUUAUGACUGAAACCACUGAGUAGUCAGCGGGAAACUUUGUUUGACCUUCCCACGGUAAUCGGGUCUACGUCCCGGGAAGGACCAAGGGUAAAGUUAAUCCGAGCAUCCCAGCAUUUCAGGGUUACCCCAGCCAAGAAUUACCACUACGGAGAGUCGCCGCUAUCGAUGGUUAAAAGUAUUCUCGAAUAUUAGUUAGGAUAUAUAAACUGUAGUAAUCGUGUCGAAGUAGCCCGAACAAAACCAUAUCGCCUGUAUAUAUAAUUAUAUUUCGCUCGAAAUUAGUAACUAGAUAUUAUUGCCAUGUAAUGUAUUAAGUAUUGUAAAUACUAGAGGAUGUGAGCCUUUGAAUUAGCAAAUAGGGGUUAUCCAUAUUGUACACCAUCAUCAUAGGUCGCCGCUCAGAUAAGCCCGUAUUUGUGCCAACUCCGGUAUGCAGUGAUAGAAGAUGAAAGGAUCCGUUGCCUAGGUAAAGUCAGCAAUGGGAACAAUACCAAGAAGUGCAUUUCAAACAAUUAUUUAAAUUAACAUAUACUUACUUACAUACUUUCUCUGCCCCCCAUCAAUUAUUCUGAUGGCCUAGGCCAUCCAUCACUCGCCGAAAACGAAGAGCUCGGCUAAACUAGUGCAAUGCCGGUCUGUACAAUAGUUGUAUUAGCUUAGCUCCGCAAUUAGUUAGUUAAGAGAGAGAGAGAGAAAAGCUGGGAGCAAAUGUAUGUGUAACUAAAACGAAUACUCAUAUUAUUUAGGAUACCCCCCGAUCGCACAAGCCAAACCAAACUAUUCAUCAAAUCGAAUUAACACUGCUGAUUGAUUGUUAUCACUGCCAGAUUUUCAACGUUCAAUCGAUUGUAUCCCAAAUCGCCUAAGUCCCGGUACCAAGUAUCCUCGCUGUAUUUUCAUUUAACUAGCUAGGCUAAUGCAAAACCAAUGUUAACAAUUAAUUUAAUGUCAAUUAAAAGGAAUUUAAAGCUGUUACCAA